GAUAUUCGAGAUUUUCCGGAAAAUUAGCGACACGGCAAUUGACGAUCGAGCUUCAAAGGUCGAGCUUUCAAAAAGCGACUGACGUGACAUCGCGAGGGCGCUUAAAGUUUACUUCCUCCCGUAAUCGUUUCCUCUCGCAGCAAGGUCGCUCCGCGCCGUUUCAAGAUACAUUUUCGCGAGGGAGAUUUUCCGCAGUCGAAUUACGUUGAGGAAAUCCGACACGCGAAACUCAAGACGACACACAUAUUUAUUGCGCCGACGUUAUUUUCGUGACGAUCCCUCGAGAUGAUCGCCAAUCGAGACUGUUGAGCGGAAGAGAAGAGAGACUGCGGAACGAUGUCGAAAGCACCGGCAGUCGGAAUUGACCUGGGUACCACGUACUCGUGCGUGGGUGUCUUCCAGCAUGGAAAGGUCGAGAUCAUCGCCAAUGACCAGGGUAACCGCACCACGCCGAGUUACGUGGCCUUCACCGACACCGAGAGGCUGAUCGGUGAUGCGGCGAAGAAUCAGGUCGCCAUGAAUCCCAGCAACACCAUCUUCGACGCAAAGCGCUUAAUUGGUCGUCGCUUCGACGAUGCGACGGUUCAGAGCGAUAUGAAGCACUGGCCAUUCACGGUGGUCAACGAAGGUGGCAAGCCCAAGAUCGAGGUAUCCUACAAGGGAGAGAUGAAGACCUUCUUCCCCGAGGAGGUAUCUUCCAUGGUCCUAACGAAGAUGAAGGAGACGGCGGAGGCUUACCUGGGCAAGACUAUAACGAACGCAGUCAUCACAGUACCGGCUUACUUCAAUGACUCUCAGAGGCAGGCAACUAAAGAUGCCGGCGCUAUUGCUGGUCUGAAUGUCCUCAGGAUAAUAAACGAGCCCACGGCCGCCGCGAUAGCGUAUGGUCUUGACAAGAAAGCUGCGGGUGAGAAGAAUGUUCUGAUCUUCGACUUAGGCGGUGGUACCUUCGACGUGUCGAUCCUGACGAUCGAGGACGGCAUCUUUGAGGUGAAAUCUACGGCCGGCGACACGCAUCUCGGCGGUGAGGACUUUGACAAUCGAAUGGUGAACCACUUCGUGCAGGAGUUCAAGAGGAAGUACAAAAAGGAACUGAAUACCAACAAGAGAGCUCUAAGACGCUUGAGGACCGCCUGUGAGAGAGCGAAGAGAACGCUGAGCUCGUCGACGCAGGCGAGCAUCGAGAUCGAUUCGUUGUUCGAGGGUAUAGAUUUCUACACGUCAAUUACCAGGGCCAGGUUCGAGGAGCUUUGUGCGGAUCUGUUUAGAAGCACCCUUGAACCCGUGGAGAAGGCGCUUAGAGACGCGAAGAUGGACAAGGCACAGGUUCACAGUAUCGUUCUAGUCGGUGGCUCGACCAGGAUACCAAAGAUUCAAAAGCUACUUCAAGAUUUCUUCAAUGGCAAGGAAUUAAACAAAUCUAUUAAUCCGGAUGAGGCUGUUGCCUACGGCGCGGCAGUUCAGGCGGCGAUUUUACAUGGUGACAAAUCCGAAGCGGUCCAAGAUUUACUUCUGCUGGACGUGACACCGUUGUCAUUGGGUAUUGAGACCGCUGGUGGCGUCAUGACCACCUUGAUCAAGAGGAAUACGACGAUACCAACGAAACAGACCCAGACGUUUACAACGUAUUCCGACAAUCAACCGGGAGUACUUAUUCAAGUCUACGAGGGAGAGAGAGCGAUGACGAAGGAUAACAAUAUUCUCGGCAAAUUCGAGUUGACUGGUAUACCUCCGGCGCCUAGAGGGGUACCGCAAAUUGAAGUCACCUUCGAUAUCGAUGCCAACGGCAUAUUGAACGUUUCUGCGAUCGAGAAAUCUACAGGUAAAGAGAACAAGAUUACAAUUACCAACGACAAAGGUCGCUUGUCGAAAGAGGAUAUAGAGAGGAUGGUGAACGAAGCUGAGCAGUAUCGAUCGGAAGAUGAGCAACAGCGAGAGAGGAUUUCCGCCAAGAAUUCCCUCGAGUCUUAUUGCUUCAACAUGAAGAGCACAAUAGAAGACGACAAAGUCAAAGAUAAGAUUGAUGCGUCUGACAAGGAAAAGGUUCUUUCCAAGUGCAACGAGAUCAUCUCUUGGUUAGAUGCUAAUCAGUUGGCGGAGAAGGAAGAGUUCGUCGACAAGCAGAAGGAACUGGAAGCAAUUUGCAAUCCUAUCGUCACGAAACUCUAUCAAAGUGGUGGAGCACCUGGUGGUUUCCCUGGUGCUGGCGGACCAGGACCCAAUCCUGGUUCCGGUGGUGCUGGCGGACCAACCAUCGAGGAAGUCGACUAAAUUAAAUCGAACGAUUGUUUUUUCUUACUACUUCAACGAUAUUAAAUUUCAUUUCAUUUUGUUUUAUUCAAGAGCACGUAUUAUCAGCUUUGACAUACUCAUUUAAAGUCACUCUUUGUAAAAAUAAGAUGUUUUUAUUUUAUGAAGAUUUUAUGAACUGUAUGUGAUGUUAUUGUAGUGUAUUAUAUUGUAUAAAAGAUAAGUUUGUUACAACAAAUAUUUAUUAAAAUUUAAUAUUAGUUUAAAAAA